AUGGACGAGCAAUUCGAGAGCGGCGGCGGCGACGGCUGCGGUGGAGGACCAGUGCCAUUCUGCUACGGUUGGGAAAACGCUAAUUGGUUCGAAGCGACCGAAUAUUGCAAGUAUCUAGAAAUGCGACUGGCCGAGAUUACCACAUCCGAGAAGCAAGCGAAGCUGGUUUAUUUCAUACAGUCAUCGGAUAAAUACAACGCACAAAGCACUGAAAUUUGGCUAGGAGGUAAUGAUCUUGCAGAGGAGGGAAACUUCUAUUGGCACGACUCUGGUCUUAAGCUAGGCUACACCUUUUGGAAGGAAGGUCAUCCCGACAAUUCGGACAAUUAUGAAAAUUGCAUGGAAACCCGGUAUUUCCCACCCGAUUGGGCAUGGCAUUGGAACGAUCAAUCCUAUCACGUGAAGCAAUACUUUGUAUGCGAGAAUGUUGCGUAG